GUAUCUCGUAUUCUUCGUAUCAUCGAUAUUCCUUUGUGCCCUUCCUCUCGCCCCGCAGGCGGCGUCCUCCAGGGCUCAAGAGUGGCCGGCGCCGACCAAGAUCCGGAGAAAGCCUACGCUUUAUCCCCACCACAAUUGGUCUUUGUCUAGAAGUCAUGUGCCAUUGAACCCACUCAGGUUAAAGGUCAUCUGCAAAUGGAAGGGUCUGAAUCCAGUCGGAGUCGCAGUAAGAGAGAUUUUGAGGAGAUUACGGAGGCUAGGAGCAGCAGAAUGGAAGUUUAUGAUGACUGGGAAGGCACAGAUAAGAAGAAGCACAAGUCCAGCAAGUCGAGGAAGCAUGCUGAUAUAGAAGAAAUUGAUGAACAGGACAGCGGAAGAAGGAAGGUUUUGGAGGACAGGAAUGAUGCAAGGAAGAAGUCUGCUGGUAGUGGAGAUGAAGAUGAUUACUCAAUGAGAAGGGAUUCACGCUCGAAGCUCCCACGAACGAAUGCAGAUGAGAGAGUUGAGAAACGAUCUGGUGAUGGGUAUCGAGAUAGGGACCUGGAGAGCACCCGAAAGAAGAGAGAUGAUGGAAACGAGGGGGAGUUCCCAAGGAAAACGAGUCUGAAAGUUUCUGGUCAUGAGAUUUCUGAUAAUAAAACAAGAAACAAAGCGGACAGUUCUUGUGAUGGUGAGAAUGAGAAACCACAUGACCGAGACUCAAGGUAUCUUGAAAGGAAAGAGAGCAGCAGAGAUAAAAAAGAUCAAGGACAGAAUGAGCAGGAAAAGAACCCACAACGUAGGAGAUGGGAUGAGGUAGAGACCAGCAGGAAAGCAGAUGAAAGCAGUCAUGCAGACAGAUCUGAUUCUAGGGUCAGGAAAGCUUCAGAGCACAGCAAACAUGAGCUUCAUGGAGACAGAGAGCUAGACUUUAGGAAUGAUUCAGGAGAGGGUAAAAGUAGGGUUUUGGAUGCAAGUGGUGAGAAAAGUAGUAGGUCUGGUAACAGGGAUGAUAGGAGGGAGGAUAAUUUAAGGGGCAGGAGUUGGGGCAGAUCAGAAGCACAAGAUGAGGAAAGUAGGGUGAUUAAUGCCUCUCAUGAAACUAAGUCAAAUGUUGUCAGAGAUGAUAGGCAAAGAAGGGUGAGAGAAAGAUCUACUGGAUCAACAGAAGAUGCAGAACUAAAUACCCAUAGUUACAGUUCGAAGCAACUUAGUGAGAAAGGUGAGAAGCAAAGGCAACAAAGAAACUCGGAACAUGGUAGUCGCGAUGAAGUUGAAAACUGGGAUAAGUCCAACAUGGAUGAAGAUGCGCGUUCACGCACAUGGGGUAAAGGUGGGAGGGAUUCCAGACGUUAUAAAAGGUCUCGCAGUCCUGAGAGGAGCGGAAGAAAUCACAGAGAGUUUGAUGAGCAUGAUCGAGGAUUUUCGGAUUCUGACAAUGAAAGAGGCACUAGUGUUAAGGGUGCCUGGAGUGACAAAAAUAGAGACUGGGAGACAUCUAAAGAUCAUUGGAAGAGAAGUCAGACCAGGCAGGAUUUAAUAGAUGGGGAUGACUUUGGGCAUACAAAAGAAUGGGAUAUGCAUAGGCGUGAGCAUGAAAGAUUAGACAGUGACAAUAUUCACAGUAGGCCUGGUUACAGAAAAGAUACCAGAAGUAGGCCUGAAAGUGUGAGAGUCUCCUCAAAUUUUAGCAACAGAAAUGAGAGUUCUGAUUCAAUAGAAAUCAGGCCCAAUAAGAAUUUAGAUUUUGGAAGGGAAGAAUCGGUUUCAACAUUUCCUGCAAGGAAAGCAGAAUUGGGAUCACAACAGGAUUUUGCUUCUGGAGCUAGUGAUGAGGAAUGGGGUUAUUUAGCUGAGGAUAGGGGUAAAACUGCUUCUGCUUUUGGGGAUGAUUUACAUGAGAGGUUCCAAGAUGAUGACUCACCUAUAGAGCAAAAUUCCGGAAGAAAUUCUCUUGAUUCACAGGCUGGGAAAGGUAGGAUCCAGAGAGCUAUGAGCUCUAGCCGUAUUGGUGCAAGCCAGAGUCCUGGUAGUAAUAUUCAAUCUUCAUUUGGGAACAACCAGGGAACAGGCUCUUUAAAUAGGGGUCCUCAGCAAGGUCCAAAAGGUGCUAAACCAGCGAGAGGAGCAAGAGGAAGAUUAAAUGGGAGAGAUACUCAACGUGUUGGACUUCAACCUUCAAUGAUGGGUCCCCCCUUUGGUCCCCUGGGCUUGCCACCUGGUCCGAUGCCGCCAAUUGGACCAAAUAUGACCCAUAUUCCACCACCACCCAUUGGACCUGGUGUUGUCAUCCCCCCAUUUCCAGGACCACUUGUUUGGCCAGGAGCUAGAGGUGUUGAUAUGAAUAUGCUUGCUGCCCCACCCAACCUUCCUCCUAUCCCACCCCUUGGGCCAACACGACCGAGGUUUCCAACUAAUAUGGGAGCUGGCCUUGGUCACUCAAUGUAUUUCAAUCAACCUGGCCCUAUUAGGGGAGUUCCGCCUAACAUAUCUGCUCCUGGAUUUAACACAAUAGGGCCAGGUGGUCGUGAAAUGUCACAUGAUAAAGCUCCGAUGGGUUGGGCACCACCAAGAACCAGUGGACCUUCUGGUAAAGCUCCGUCAAGGGGAGAACAGAAUGACUACUCUCAAAAUUUUGUGGACACUGGUAUGAGACCCCAAAAUUUCAUCAGGGAGUUGGAGCUUACUAGUGUUGUGGAGGACUAUCCCAAGUUGAGGGAGCUUAUUCAGAGGAAAGAUGAGAUUGUAGCUAAUUCAGCUUCAUCACCCUUGUAUUAUAAGUGUGACCUACGUGAACAUGUACUUUCUCCUGAAUUUUUUGGCACCAAGUUUGAUGUUAUUCUUGUGGAUCCUCCUUGGGAGGAAUAUGCUCACCGGGCUCCUGGUAUUACCGACCACUUAGAGUACUGGACUUUUGAUGAGAUACUUAAUCUUAAGAUUGAGGCAAUAGCCGACACUCCAUCGUUCAUCUUCCUGUGGGUUGGUGAUGGUGUGGGCCUGGAACAGGGCCGUCAAUGUUUGAAAAAGUGGGGAUUUCGAAGGUGUGAAGACAUUUGCUGGGUUAAAACCAACAAGAAGAAUGCUACUCCAGGUCUGAGGCAUGAUUCUCGCACACUGUUUCAGCAUUCAAAGGAACACUGCUUGAUGGGCAUAAAGGGAACUGUUCGUCGUAGCACAGAUGGGCAUAUCAUCCAUGCCAAUAUCGACACAGAUGUUAUUAUAGCUGAGGAACCAACUGAUGCGGGUUCAACCAAAAAGCCAGAGGAUAUGUAUAGGAUUAUUGAACAUUUUGCACUGGGCCGACGAAGGCUUGAACUUUUCGGUGAAGACCAUAACAUUCGCUCUGGCUGGCUAACAGUAGGAAAAGGACUAUCGUCCUCUAAUUUUAACGCUGAGGCCUAUGUUCGAAACUUUUCUGACAAGGAUGGGAAGGUUUGGCAGGGAGGUGGUGGCCGAAACCCUCCACCUGAUGCUCCACAUCUUGUGAUGACUACUUCAGAGAUUGAAAGUCUGCGGCCCAAAUCACCUCCCCAGAAGAAUCAACAACAAUCAACACCGUUACUGCAGACGGGUAGUUCUAGUAACAGAAGGCCUUCAGGAAACUCUCCGCAGAACCCCAUGAAUCCAUCUCUUUCUGGGUUGAACGCAGAUUUUUCGGGCUCGGAACCAGCAACGCCAGCUCCCUGGUCCUCCUCCCCAAUGGUAGGAUACAGAGGACCAGACCCGGAGAUGAUGAGCGUCGAUGUUUAUGAUGCCUACGGGUUUAAUGCUGCUUCGUCACAUGCAUUUGGAGAUCAUAUUGAUUUUGAUUCGCAUCGGGGACCUAAUUUGCUGUAACAAGGAAGAAGCAGUGGUGAAAUCCCAUAUUUUUGAUUUGAUAUUCAAGCGUGAAAAUGUUGGACGAAUUGCACCAUGCAAAUUUGGUCCGAGAGGCCACCGAGCUUUAAGCUGAGCUUAUUGUUUUGUUUAUUUACUUGUUAAGGAUUUCAACGAUGGUAAAAUUCAUAUAGCCUGUGUCAAAUGGUUGGGAUAGCAGCAGGUUGUUGGUCUCUUAUAUUCUUUCAAAUUGUUCUGACCUCCAUCAUGUUAUAUGGUGCAUCUCUUGGAUUAGAUUGGAACU